AUGCAUCAUUCAUUGUUAAUUGUGUUUGUUUCAUUUAUAGUCGAAAAAAGAAUUCUUCAAACGCCUCCUCAAGUCAACUUGGAAGAACUCGCUGAUUUGGAAGGACCUCAACUAGCCGAGUUAGUACGGCUAUAUAUGCAAGAAAAUGAAGCCCUUCGCAAAGAUAAUGCUGAGCUUUUCACUUCAAGAGAUUUACUGCAGAGAGAUCAUGAAGUUGUUUGUAGAGAAAAUGAAAGACUACUAAAAAAACUGGAGGAAGUCAACUCUUUCGUUCAGACCAAAACUCAUCGCAGACAUAAUUCAGUGGAAGAUAAAACGAAUGGUGCUAAAAACCGUCGAGUACAAACACGAUAUUCUGAUGAAGAAAAUCACGUAAAAAACGAUGAAAAGUAG